GCGGGCGCUGAGGGCUGCCGCCGGGAAUGCCGUAGGUGAAUACCGGGCACCGGCGAAAGUCGCCGUGGGGCAGGGCGUGUGGGAACGGAGGUCGGGGGCGGAGGAGGCCUCGGCGUGGCCAAAGCACCUUUAUCUAAUGCCCUCUCUCCCCCGGGGGCGCGUUCCACGGCCGCUGCUGGCACCUAGGCUGACGGUAACUUCCAGAAACGCCUCCGCGUAGUAGCGGGGAUUGCCCUCUGCACGAGUCCCAUUGCCAUCCGGGAGCUGUGCGCCCUGGGCACUGCACCUUCCAGUAUGUGGGCGGGAGAGGCGAGGGAACUUGCCCGGUGGGUCAGGCAGGGCAGGGACAGAAGUGAAUAGAAGCGGGUUGGUAAGUUAUUUUACUGCGCACCAAUAAAGAGAAUGGGGAGAAACCAGAAAGGAGAGCAAGUCCUGUAAAAACAACAACUGCUACUUCGGCCGAACUCCAAGCAUGAACAGCUUUCUGUUGGGAACACUCAAAGGGCUUUUUUCCAGACUCCAAGCUCCCAUUCCAACAUUAAGAGCUUCUUCCACAUCACAGCCCUUGGAUCAAGUGGCAGGUUCUUUGUGGAACCUGGGUCGACUCAAUCAUGUAGCCAUAGCAGUGCCAGAUUUGGAAAAGGCUGCAGCAUUUUAUAAGAAUAUUCUCGGGGCCCAGGUAAGUGAAGCGGUCCCUCUUCCUGAACAUGGAGUAUCUGUUGUUUUUGUCAACCUGGGAAAUACCAAGAUGGAACUGCUUCAUCCAUUGGGACGUGACAGUCCAAUUGCAGGUUUUCUGCAGAAAAACAAGGCUGGAGGAAUGCAUCACAUCUGCAUCGAGGUGGAUAAUAUUAAUGCAGCUGUGAUGGAUUUGAAAACAAAGAAGAUCCGCAGUCUAAGUGAAGAGGUCAAAAUAGGAGCACAUGGAAAACCAGUGAUUUUUCUCCAUCCUAAAGACUGUGGUGGAGUCCUUGUGGAACUGGAGCAAGCUUGAUUUAUAUUUGCAAGCAACUAAAUUAAUUGACCUGAAAAAGCCUAUCAAAUACUAUCAAAAUGUACUAUGACAUUGAGUCCUUCACUGCUUCCAACAUGUAAAAGUUCACAGUUAAAAACUGAAUUACAGAAAGAUUAUAUACGUAUAUAAAUCCAUAAAUAUGUAUAUUUAAUUAACAAACAUAUUUGUUAAUUUGAAUUUGAAGAAAACCUUGAUUACUAAUUACUUAGGGAACAUUAUUAAAGUCAUAUAGAAAUAGAUUAUUCCUUUUCUACAAUGGGGUAAUUGAAUGUAAUGUGUUAGCUAUGUACAAGGGUAUGUGUGUGAUGUUGGAUGGAUACACAAAGGAGUUAUGAAAGUAUAUGACAAUUUUGUGGCUCAUAUUUGGGGCAAAACUUUCUAAGAAUGUUUCGAAAUACUUUUUUAGAGCAAACUGUUUAAGAUUAGGGAAUUUUGAUAUCAGAAUUUUUGCUCUUCAAAAACAACUCAUGGUCACAGGUUCCUCAGGGUCCAGGUGUCUUGGGUGCUAGGGCUAGAUGUAUAGGAAGUUUUGUGGAAAACCUGGUGCAUCAUCCAGUGGGUGCGUAGGUGGCUGAAUUAUUUUUUAAAUCAGUAGUAAUUUGUAGAGUUAGGUAUCACUUAGAUGCUAGAACACCACAACAGGUCCUAGGGGAAAUAUACAAAAUGAAUAGAAAUCCACUGCCAAGAUGCUUACGGUUCAGUUGGGGAUAGCACUACUUGAAAUAAAUGUAAACACUUACAAAACAACAUCUGAAUGAAUUAAAAAGGAAGGGAAAGAGAAUAGAUCGCAGAGGAUGGUCAGACUCAAGUAUGUUAGAAACAAGUUUCAGAUAAAUUUCAAGGAUCACAGAUGGAUGCAUUGAAUGCAUAGUGGAUGGAAAAAUGGCUAACAAGUUCAUGGAUGAAUGGAUGUUUCGUAAAUGAGAAGAUAUAUAGACACUGAACUUGUUAUGGAAGACAAGUAUAUCCAAUUAUACUUGUCAUUUAAAAGUUAAAGUAAAAAUUACAACAUUGAUGUGGUUCUUAGUGUAUGUAGAGGAAAUAUUUUAGACAAUUACAUCACAGGGUGGGGGCAGUAAAAGGGACUUAAAUGGUGGUUAAAUAUCCACAUUCCAUUUCAAGUGGUAGAUGUUGAUACUAGUAGACUGCAAUAAACUGCAUGUGUGUAUUGCAGUCUGUAACCAUUGAAAAACUAUAUGAAGAGAUACACUUAAAAAUGUAGAUAAAUUAAAGUGGACUACUAAAGAAUGCCCAAAUAACCCGCUUGAAGACAGGUAAGGGGAAACAGGAAAAAAAGGAAAACAAUAAAAUGACUGACCGAUAACCUCACUUAUCAGUAAUUAGGUUCAAUGUAAAUGCUCUAAACACACCAAGAUUGUGAGAGUGAAUUUAAAAACCUGACCCAACCAAA